GAGCGGCGCGCGCUCCCUCUUUCACUUCUUCCAGCCCUUGCACCAGGAGCUCCGCUCCCCGACGGGGAUUGGAAGGUCCCGGCUCCGCCCCCUGGUCACGUGGAGGAAGUUGCGCUGGAGCCAUGGAGGAGGCGGGGGCGUCGCUCGGGCCCACGGAGCAGACUGUGCAACUGAACAGUGGAACCCGAAUGCCCCUGCUUGGCAUGGGCACUUUCCGCCUGCAAGGGGCUGAGCUGGUGUCCCAGUGUGUGGACGUUGCUCUAGCCCAUGGCUACCGCUCCUUUGACACAGCUGCUGUCUAUGGCAAUGAGGCGGCGAUUGGGCAGGCACUGGGUGCCCUGCUGCCCCGUCAUAGCCUAGCACGCUCUGACGUCUUCCUCACCACCAAGCUGGGUCCACGGGACCAGGGCAAGGCUGAGGCCGAGGCCGCCUGCCUGCGCAGCCUGGAGCAGCUGGCCUGUGGCUACCUGGAUCUCUAUCUCAUCCACUGGCCAGGCACACAGGGCAAGCCCCAAGGGGACAAGGGCAACCGGGAGCGGCGCUGGGAGAGCUGGCGGGUGCUGGAGCGGAUGUACCACGCUGGGCAGCUGCGGGCGAUAGGCGUUUCCAACUACACCCUGGGACACCUGCAGGAGCUGCUGGCCCACUGUCGGGUGCCGCCAGCUGUGCUGCAGGUGGAGUGCCACCCGGAGCUGCCCCAGCGGGAGCUGUGGGACUUCUGCCAGCAGCACGGCAUCCAUCUCCAGGCCUAUGCCUCACUGGGCUGUGGGCAGCUGUUGGGACGGGCAGAGGUAGGGCGGGUGGCGGAGCGCCAGGGACGUACCCCUGCCCAGGUUCUUCUACGCUGGGCCCUGCACCAGGGUGUGGGGGUGAUCCCCAAGUCUGUCAACCCCACCCGCCUGGCCGAGAAUGCCCAACUUUGGGGCUGGGACCUCAGCCUGGAGGACAUGGCUGAGCUGGGGGCGAUGGACUGCAGCAGGCACUACUGCUGGGACCCCAGUGGAGUGACAUAAAGUGGAAGGUGCAUGUGUGUGGGGGAAGGCAUGGUCAGGUGCGUUGUUGGGGGUAAGCAUGCGUGGCAGGGGGGAGGGAAGAUGGAAGGAACUCGGAGGUGGUGGCAGGCACAUGUGGCUGGAGAGGGUGGUGGUGCUUCAGAAAAGGGACAGGGCAGCAGGUGUGUGUGGCCAGGGGAGGCGAUGCUGCAGGAGUGGGACAGGGUGGCAGGCAUGCUUGGCUGGGGGGGGCAGUGGUGCAGGAAGGGAACAGGGUGGCAGAUGCAUGUGGCUGUGGCCGGGGCGUCUGGGGACACUGCAGGAGGGGGACUGGUUGGUAGGCGCAUGUGGCCGGGGGUGGUACUAAACAAGGGGAGUGGGUAACAGGCGCGUGUGGCUGGAGUGUAGUGCUGUGGAUGGGGGAGGCAGUGCUGCUGUGGGGAAGCGCAGUGGCAGGCGUGUAUGGUUGCGGGGACGGUGCUGCAGGCCAGGGAAUGGUGGUAGGCAUGUGUGGCUGGGGCGGGGAAGGCAGUGGGGAGCAUAGGUGUCUGUGCCUAGGAUUUGGAAGGGGGCGCCUGUGACGGUGGCUGUACCACCACAACAGAGAUGCAAUAAAAACUAAUAAAGGUAGCCAU